GUCAAGGCUUACUUGGAGAAGAGGAACUGCAACAACAUCUUCCACAAAAAAAUCUGAGGAUAUUUAUUGCCACCUGGAAUAUGAAUGAAAAAAAGGAUCUUCCAGAGAGACUGGAUGAUUUCCUAUUUCCAUUGGGCGCCGAGUCUGCACAAGACCUGUAUGUAAUCGGAGUGCAAGAAGGCUGCCCCAACAGGCAAGAAUGGCAAAACCGUCUGCAGCUGACACUGGGGCAUCGUUAUGUCUUGCUCCACUCAGCAGCUCACGGUGUCCUGUACCUGUCUCUGUUUAUCAGGCGAGAUCUCGUGUGGUUCUGCUCUGAGGUUGAAUGUGCAACCGUCACUACGAGAUUCUUCCCACUGAUUAAGACCAAAGGGGCUGUGGCUGCUUCAUUUACAUUCUUUGGAACCUCAUUCCUUUUUAUCAAUGCCCACUUUGCGGCAGGAGAUUCCAAAGUAAAGCAAAGAAUCCAGAAUUAUGAGAAAAUAAUCAAAGACCUGCAGCUCCCAAAAAAUGUUCCUGACACAAACCCCGUUUACUCUGAUCCCGACGAUGCGACGAGCCGGUUUGACGAAGUCUUCUGGUUUGGGGACUUCAAUUUCCGCUUGAGCAAGAGUCGGAGUGAAGUUGAUUCCAUCCUAGAGAACCUUCCAGAGAAUGACAUGAGUUCCCUCCUGCAGUACGAUCAGCUGUCAGAAGAGGUGACUAAAGGUUCUAUAUUCAAAGGAUUUAAGGAAGGCGAAAUCCAUUUCCGCCCCACAUAUAGAUUUAAUAUCGGAUCCGAUGACUAUGACACCAGUAAGAAACAGAGGACGCCUUCCUACACUGAUCGAGUGAUGUACAAGAGCCGGAAUCAGGAUGAUAUCCAUGUUCUGAAAUAUGGCUCUUGUUCACUUAUGAGACAAUCGGACCACAAACCUGUUUUUGGGCUAUUUGAAGUAUUGAUAAAACCAGGGUCCAAUAACAUUCCUUAGACUGUUUGAAAGAAAACUUUAUUUAAUGGGACUAAAGAAAAACUGACAUUAAAGACAAGAAAUGAGAAAACCGAAA